AUGGAGAGACUUCAGAGACUCAUGAUGAACCAGAGAGCUGGAAUUAUGGGAGGAGCAGCGGCGGCAGAAACCCCUAUGGACGACACGAAAGAAACGGUAUACAUCUCGUCGCUAGCGCUGCUUAAAAUGUUGAAGCACGGACGUUUAGGAGUUCCAAUGGAGGUAAUGGGUCUGAUGCUGGGAGAGUUUGUCGAUGAUUACACUGUCAACGUGGUGGACGUUUUUGCCAUGCCACAGUCUGGGACAGGCGUUUCUGUGGAGGCUGUAGACGAUGUAUUUCAAGCGAAAAUGAUGGACAUGCUCAAGCAGACCGGCAGAGACCAGAUGGUUGUCGGCUGGUACCAUUCGCAUCCCGGCUUUGGAUGUUGGCUGUCGUCCGUUGACGUCAACACGCAGAAGUCGUUCGAGCAGCUCAAUAGUCGAGCAGUCGCUGUGGUAGUCGACCCCAUUCAAUCUGUGAAGGGAAAGGUGGUGAUGGACGCCUUCAGAUUGAUCGACACCAAUAUGAUAAUGAGAAACCAAGAGCCAAGACAAACGACAUCCAACGCGGGACUUUUGAAUAAACCCAAUAUUCAGGCAUUGAUUCAUGGUUUGAACAGACACUACUACUCCUUGAAUAUCGAUUAUAACAAGACUAGCGCCGAAACCAACAUGUUGCUCAAUUUGCACAAAGAGCAAUGGCAGUCGGGUCUGAAGAUGAACGACUACCAGGAGAAGGAACAACACAAUCUGCAAGCUACUCAAAACAUGUUGAAAAUUGCUGAACUUUACUCCAAGAGAAUAGAGGAAGAGAAGGAUCUGAAAGAAGAUGAGUUGAAGACCCGUUACGUUGGUAAACAAGACCCUAAGAAGCAUCUAUCCGAAACAGCAGAGUCUGUCCUGGAGGAAAACAUCGUAUCUGUAUUAACAGCGGGUGUCAAUUCGGUAGCUAUAAAAUAG